UUUUCAAUGUGAUUUUUUUUCUCGCGCCGGCAGAAUCAAUCAAUCGCAUUUUUUUGCUCUUCUUCAAUUGAAAUCUUGUUUCCUACAAACAAAAAUUCAUCAAUUGUGUAACCUCCAAUUAGUUCUUUCUAUCAAGUUUCUUUCCUCUUUAUCUUGCCACUCAACACUUCUUAGCUUGCGCCCGUCAAAAAGUCGCGAUCGCGCAUCGUUCCCAAUUAUCAAAUAACGGUCGAAACUCACAAUGAGCGAAGCUGAAGCCCCCAAGCCUGUCGAGGCUGUCCAGCCUGAGGCCGAGGUUCCUACUACCCAGCCCACAGAAGAGAAGGUCGAGGAGAAGACAGAGCAGAAGGCAGAGGAGUCCACAGAAAAGUCUGAGGAGAACUCUGAAGAGAAGAAGGAGAUUCUUAAGACUACAGCCAAGCAUGAUAGCGAUAAUCCUCGCAACAACCGCAAAUUCGACCCUUCAACCCGUGAGGUUACUGAUGACCCUGAUGCCAUCCGCAAGCAGGUCGAAUUCUACUUUGGCGACUGGAACUUCCCACAAGACAAGUUCAUGUGGGAGUCAUGCGGCGGAAGCGAAAACAAGCCCAUGAAGGUCAAGACCAUCCACUCCUUCAAGCGUAUGCGAACAUUCCAGCCCUACAGCGCCGUCAUCGCUGCUCUCAAGGACAGCAAGUUCCUUGAGCUUUCCGGCGAGGAGGGUGAGGAGGUCGUGAAGCGCAAGACCCCCUACCAGCCCAUGAACGCCUCCAAGUCUAAGGUCGAAGCCGCUACCGUUUAUGUCAAGGGCUUUGGCGAUGAGGCCCCCAACACCCAAUUCGAUCUCGAGACCUUCUUUGCUCAGUUCGGCGAGGUCAAGGGCCUUAAGCUCCGACGCACAAACGAGGGUCUCUUCAAGGGCUCCGUGUUCGUCACAUUCGCCGACGAGGAUGAGGCGAACAAGUUCGUCAAGAUUGACCCCAAGCCAAAGUGGAAGGACCAUGAUCUCAAGAUCAUGAGCAAGCGAGCUUACUGCGACGAGAAGAACGACCUCAUUCGACAAGGGAAGAUUGAGCCUAACCAGAGCAACCCCCGCAAGUUUUAUGAGGGUAGGGAGACUGGCAAGGGUGGACGAGGACGAGGUGGAAAGGAUUCUCGUGGCCGUGGCCAGGACGACUGGAAGCAGCGACGCGAGAACGACCAGAAGAACGGUUUCAAGGACCGACGUGGUGGACGCGGCGGCCGGGGAGGUCGUGGUCGAGGCCGUGGCCGUGGUGGACGCGAUGGUGGACGUGACCGUGAUCAGCCCAAGGAUGAGGUCAAGCACAGCAGCAACGACACCACCCCCCGCAUCCAAUCCACCGCCGACGAGUCUGCCGAUAACAAGAAGCGAAGCCGCGAUGAGGAUGCUCCCUCCGGCGAGCCUGCUGCCAAGAAGGUCGACGUCAAGGCCGAGUAGGUCAAGGUCAAGACGGAAUUAGAAUCGCUCGUCUGAACCGAGGAGGAAAAUGGAAACAAGGAACGACCAAUAUCAUUUAGGCUGAUACCAUAUAUUGAACAAAAAAGGGGGGUCUCGGAAACUACGAAGUUUUGUGAAAGGGAGACGAAGCGGAAACCGCUACAACUGUAUUAUGGGAUCUUUUUACGGAGCAACCAGGUGCUUUGCUAUCCUUUCCUAUUGUCUAUCACGGGUCUAUAGAUGGCUAGUGGCAUUUGACAAAGAUCAUCAAACAAGUGAGA